AUGGAGGGAGAGCCAGCCCCGGAUUCUCCAUCUCGCCCGAAUUUGCGGCUGCAGGCGGCCAGCUUUACGGCGUUCGCUGCGCCGUCUCUCUCCCCGUCCUUCAAGUUGGAUGAGGGCUAUUCGGACGAGACGCGAAGCCAGUCGGAAAAGGAUAUCAUUUCAGACAAUGUCAUGAUGCUUCCAGAAUGGGUCCUCGCCCAGAGCGAGGCCGAUCGAGCUGAACUCGCGUAUAGUCUCCUGCGAUCUCUUUCCACCUCCACCCUCUCUGCAGUGGUUGACCGUCUUAAUCCACUUCUUCAUAUGGACCCCGUUGUCAAGCUGCCCCCGGAACUUACCUUCGAGAUCUUCUCUUACCUUGAUCCCAAAACUCUCUUAACCGCGUCGCUCGCAUCUCGUUCAUGGCGAUGCCGAAUUCUCGACUCUGGUCUAUGGAGGGUGCUGUACAUCAACGAGGGAUGGCGAGUGGAUACGCGCGCGGUCCGCAGCUUCGAGCAAGAGCAUGCCGAAGCACUGUCACCCCAAACCCGCAGGGCACGCCCUCAAUAUUCAGAACCGGACCUGGGGGAGCCCAAACAUAAGAAGCGCGUCCCUCCUACAUGGCUGAAUUCGCGUGGUGCUGAGGGACAAGGACCGGCCGAGACCAACGGCCAGGCGUCUACUGAAGCGGAUGAUGAAGGUGAUCACCACAUGGCCGAUGCAGCCGAUCGAGCAGGGUCAUUAUCGGGAGAUGCUAUGGGAUAUGUGGCUCCUGCCUCUAUCCUGCCGCUUCCCUCGAUGCUUCAGCCGCCUCUCCAGUCCUCAUUGCUUACGCGCUCCCCGAAUGGGACCGUCAAAGUAAACUGGGUCCAUCUUUACAAGCAACGCCGGAGACUGGAAGCAAAUUGGCAUCAUGGCCGGUUCAAAAACUUCCAACUACCGCACCCGUCUCAUAUGGAUGAAGCACACAAGGAGUGUGUCUAUGCAAUCGAAUUCCAAGGGAAAUGGCUUGUCAGCGGAAGCCGGGAUAGAACCGUGCGAGUUUGGGAUUUAGAGACGAAGCGACUGUGGCAUCGCCCGUUGAUCGGCCAUGCAAAAUCAGUGCUGUGUCUUCAGUUUGACCCGAGUCCUGAAGAGGAUGUCAUUAUAUCUGGCAGCAGUGAUAAGAGCGUGAUCUUCUGGAAGUUCUCAACCGGGAAAAAGAUCCAUCAGAUCGCCAACGCACAUGCAGACUCUGUCCUCAAUCUCAAAUUCGACCAUCGGUACUUGGUCACUUGCUCCAAAGACCGCACAGUCAAAGUUUGGAAUCGCCGGGCACUCUCUGCCAUGGAUGAGAAUUAUCCGCGCAUCUGUAGAGGUGGCGGGGCCACAUAUCCCUCAUACGUCGUCGACCUGACGGAUAUGGCGCCCAACAUCCUUGAAGCAGGUAUUGCAAAUGGACAUAUCAAAUCCCUGCGACCAUACUCUCUUCUCAUGACCGUGGAAGGGCAUGGAGCUGCAGUCAAUGCAAUGCAACUCCAUGGCGAUGAAAUUGUGACUGCUUCUGGUGAUCGCAUGAUCAAGGUCUGGAACAUUCGCAACGGUGCUUGUUUAAAGACGUUAAUGGGCCACGAAAAGGGCAUUGCCUGUGUCCAAUUUGACAGCCGCCGGAUUAUUAGCGGCAGCAACGACAACACAGUGCGCAUCUACGAUCACGUAUCUGGUGCAGAAGUGGCCUGCCUACGAGGACACAAUAACCUUGUGCGCACUGUUCAAGCAGGAUUUGGCGAUCCACCGGGUGCCGACGAGGCUCUCCGACUCGAGGCGCAGGAGGUCGAGAGUGAGUUCUUCAAAGCACAGGCAGCCGGCGUCCCCGUUGAUCUCGGACCAAGAGCUCUACGACGCGCUGGCCACUACUCAAAUACUGCUGGCUCUCGCGACCCUCGCGAUAUUCCCGCUCUCGGUGCAAAGAUUCCUCCAGGCGGUGGUGGCAGUGCAUGGGGCCGCAUUGUAUCUGGCUCAUACGAUGAGUCUAUUCUGAUCUGGCACAAGGAUCGUGAUGGUGCAUGGUCAAUUGGUCACAGGUUACGCCAAGCCGAUGCCGUGGCCAACGCUGCCCGCGGCAAUCUCAGCGAGGCGGCACGAGCUGCAGUCUCGGCACAAGCACAGCAAUUGCAAGCUGCGCAGGUCCUGAUGACAUUGCCUGCUCAGGAUGCCUCGGCACAGACCGGCGAGGUAACAACAGACCCAGAAACCGGCAGCGAAUCUCCCCCUGCCACCAAUACCAACAAUGCUGCUACUCCUCCGCCAGCCGAGGGGGUCGCCAACCAACCUACCGCAACCCCGGCCGUCGACGCACCUCCACCCCCUCCACCCGUCGCGUUAAUCAACCAACACCUCAACCAAUUGGCCGCUGGCCAUCAUCAUCAUCAUCACCUCCAUGCACACCCCCGCCGACAGCUUGCGCCUGCCCCAACUUCACGAGUCUUCAAAGUCCAAUUCGACUCUCGCAAAAUCAUCUGCGCGAGCGUGGAUCCACGUAUCGUCGGAUGGGAUUUUGCAUGCGACGAGGAGGAAAUUACGGAAGCAUGUCCGUUCUUCCAGGGUCUAUGA